ACUGUGAAUCAGUGUGACAUUUCCUGCAGGCAUGACUGAAGGGACCCCAUUGUCCUGGGAGACCGAGAAAUGGGGUAUGUCCCUUGAACCACUUCUGUUAGCUGCUGGGCAUCGGAGUUCUUUCUGGGAUUCAUACAGAAACUCUUGAUGAUUUUUCCACCAACCUUUUACUGGGGAAGGUAACUCAUUUUUUUCCAUUGGCAGGAAAGAUCUCCAUUGGGAAAGUAAGGAAGUUCCUGCCAGCCCCAUGUCUGCACCAGCUGGGAAUCAUCUCAACAUCACCUGCUCUAGUUUUCUAUGCAAGAGAAGGAGCAAUACCUUCCUCAGAUCCUCUUCCUGAAAAAAGGAGAAAGGAACUCACAUUUUUCUAACCAAAGGAACCAAGUUGCCCUGAAGAUCAUGAACUUGUCUUCUGAGCACUGCAACAUCUCAGAUUGGCUGAGGCUUGAAGCAACAGUGAAGGCCUCUGUGUACAUGGUCACUUUCUCUUUUGUCACAUUCAUCACAAUUGUCAUCAUUGCAAUAGUGUCGCAGAAUUCCAAACUGAGGAAAGAGGUCCGAUACAUCCUCCUUUGCCAUCAUCUGAUGUGCAUCUCCUCCUACUGUGGCCUGGGGGUGGUCUUCCAAGGGAUGCGGGCCCUGCUGGCCAACAGUCCAGUGGUGCUGUGCUGGGUGGUGUUUGGGGCCCAGCUAAGUUUUGGAGAAGGUAUCCUCUUCACUCUGGCCUUGAUGGCUGUCAACACUUACCUGGCCAUUUGCUGGCCAUUGAAAUCUCUGUUUUUUGCAGAGUCAGUUAAAUAUAAGAUUCUGGCUGGGACUUGGAUAAUCAUUGUAUUCAAGAAUGUUUGCUUAUUCAUCAUAGAGGGCACCAAGUCCACUUUGGUUGCUGUUUUAAGAUCUGAACCCCUCUGCCCUGUGACUUUGAACAGUACUCCUUCCAGAGCCAUUGGCAUGGUUUUCCUUCUCCUUCUUCUAUCUAUUAUCCUUAUAAGUUACUAUCUAAUAUAUAAAGAAGGCAAACGUGCUGGCCAUUUUAAUAGGUCGAAUAUCAAAGCAAGAAAAACCGUCCUUAUUCAUUUACUGCAGAUAAGCUUACAUGUAAUACCAACCUUGAUAUUCAUAGGUUUGGGAAAGAUGUGCGGGGAGUUUUUCUUUGCUUUAAAUCUGGUGCUUUUUGGAGUCUUUGCAUUUGCCCAGUGUUUUAACCCUCUGAUCUAUGGGCUGUGGAAUAGAGAGCUGAGAAGCAGAUUAUAUUAUUGGAUGCACUGUCAAUUUUGGUGUAAUCAUACAGUGAAUGGCAGAGGGCCAGUUUAAACAAAAACUCAGCCCUUUUUUUUCAUUUUUAGUUCUCAGAAUAUGUUUAUUGAUUUUAAAGGGGAAGGAGAGAAUGGGAGAAAGAGAGAGAGAGAGAAACAUCGAUGUAAGAGAAACAUUGAUUGAUUGCCUCCUACAUGGGCCCCAACCAGGGAUUGAACCUGCAACCUAGGUAUGUACCCUGACUGGGAAUUGAGCCCACAGCCUUUUGGGAUAUAGGGCAAUGCUCCAACCAACUGAGCCACCCAGUCAGGGCAAAACUCAGCCAUUUUGAAUCAAUAAGUCUAGUCCUAAUGGACCAUUGGCUAGGGUUAAGAACUUGACUUUUACUCAACCUAAAUUUGGUAUACCAAUUUGAUUUUUAAAACAAUAUUAGCAAGUCAAAGUUAUUUAUCUGGGUUACAUACUUUGCUGCUGCGUAUACUUAUAUGUCCUCAGUGAAAUUAUUUUAUGUCUUUAAUUCUAAACCUAGAUCAAUAUUUUUGGCAGUAUGCCUUACUGUGUUUCAACAGUUGGUCAGCUUUUGAGAAUACUCCUAUUUUUAGAAACUGAGAAACAGUCCCUGGUUGGUGUGAAAGGAAGAAGUUUGGCUGUUUCCCUUAUGUUAAUUAAGGGUAGGUUUAGGUAUAUAUCAUAACAUAGUAGAAAUAAAAUAGCAGUGACUUUAAAAGGUUAGAGAUUGAUUUAUUUUAUGUGAAAGAAAUCAGGAGGUACUCAACCCAAAUGGAUGUGGCAGCUCUGUAGGCAAGAGGCUCAUUCUCUUUUCCUUUGCCAUAAUUUGUGCACUACCUCAUGACCCAAGAUGGCUGUUAGUGCUCCUGUCAUCACAUUCACAGUCCAACCAACAGGAAGGAGCAACAGGCAAAGAAGGGUCUGUACUCUGCUUCUGUAGACACUUGCUAGAAGUUACACAAAAACACUUUUUCUUACAUCUAACUGGCCAAAAUUUACUCAAAUGGCUCUGCUUGGCUUUAAGGGAAAGUGAGAAUAAAUUUUAGUUCAGUAGUAGUUUCCCCAGUUAAAAAUUAGGGCUUUUAACGCUAAGAAGAAAAGAAGGGGGCAAUAUUAUCUCGGGUCAUUUUCUCAAUAAAAUAAAGUAUGAAGAAAUACAAUGGAUGUAUUAUGAUUGUCACAUAGAAAUAUAUUCUGCAUUUCAACAUAAUACACAAAUACAGCAUUUACUAUUCAGGAUCCCAGAAAACCUUAACUGUGUCAUGUCAACAGUGCUCAGAGAGAGCGGCAUCAAUAAGGAGAACUCCAAACUGGUUUAAACAUGAGAAUUAGCUCGUUAUUUAAAUCUGAGGAAGUUUGGGGCAACAGUAUGAAAUACGUUCUUUUGCAGAAGUUUGUAUGUGAGAUGUCCUUACAUGAGCCAUCCGUUUGUGAAUCAGUCAGGAUUCAUUUCUAAAGACAGGAAUUCCUGCUCUAGAUAUUUUAAACAGGAAGGAGUCCAUACAGGAAUUAGAUGCUUACAAAGUCAUGGGCAGGGCUGGAAGAGUGGAAAUCAGGGCCACCACUACUUGAUGUUGGGAGUGAGCCACUGCAGCUGUGAUUGCUUGGAGGUCAAGCAGCUGUGAUGGGACGUGAAGCAGCUGCUUCCACCAGGGACCCCCUGGAAACAGCAAUAGGAAGAUGGUCUAUCCCCCAGUUUUACGUGAUUGGCUCUACCUGAGGGGACACAGUUGGCACUCAGACCCUGAGAACCAAGUGGUCUGGGAAAUGCAGUUCUUAGUUUUAAAGACUUGGCAGUACAGGAAGUUACCCCAAAAGCAGUGUGACAAGGGGGUUGAAUGAACCAAUCCAUGAGAUCCAAUGCAGGUACUACUAUUCCUGAUUUAUAUAUGGGAGAAGCUGAGGCUUAGAAAGGCCUUGCAGGAGCUUAGGAGGUCAGGACUUUCCCUUUAAGAUUUGCCAAAUGCACAGCUUGGCCCGAGGUGACCUACUCAUCAUUACUGAGAGCUGGACCAAUGGCUUGGGAAAUCUGGGCCUUGGUUCUUCACUUUGCUUUGGGUGUGGACACCUGGCUUGCAGAAAAGAGCCUUUUCCUAUCCUUUGCCUUGACUAUACUCUCCCAACCUUAGGCCUCCAUUGCUUUUUAUUUAUUUAUUUGGUAAAAAAAGUUAUGUUUUUAAUUAAAUUUAUUGGGGUGACAUUGGUUAAUAAAAUUAUAUGUUUCAAGUGUACGAUUCUACAAUACAUCAUCUGUAUAUUACAUUAAUUGUUCAUCACCCAAAGUCAAGUCUCCCUCCAUCACCAUUUAUCCUCUCUAUAUCCUCUUCAACCUCCCCUCACCCCUUUUCCUUCUGGUAAUCUCCAUACCGUUGUCUAUGUCUGUGAGUUUGGGGGAUUUUUUUUCUUUGUCCCUUCAUCUUUUUUACCAGCCUCUCAACCCAGCUCUCCUCUGACAGCUGUCAGUCUGUUCUCUGUAUCUAUGAGUCUGUUCCUGUUUUGUUUGUUAGUUUAUUUUGUUCAUUAGAGUCCACAUAUACGUGAAAUCAAAUGGUGUUUGUCUUUCUCUGACUGGUUUAUUUCACUUAACAUAAUACUCUCCAGGUCCAUCCAUGUUGUUGCAAAAGGUAAGGUUUCCUUCUUUUUUUUUCACGACUGAAUAGUAUUCCAUUGUGUAAAUGUACCAUAGCUUUUUUAUCCAUUCAUCUACUGGUGGUCACUUGUGUUGUUUCCAUAUCUUGGCUAUUGUAAAUAGUGCUGCAAUGAACAUAGGUGGGCAAGGCUCCUAUUGUUUUUAGUUUCUACUGGCUUCUGUGUCAUGCCUGGCUUCUAUUUUGGCUUCAAGUCCUGCUUAUCUCCUCCCUAGAUGUUCUGUCUAAGGCUUCCCUCUUCCUUCAACCCCAACUCUGAGAAUUCAAAGCACCACCUUCUCUUUUCAAAUUCGCAAAUCUCACUCCAGGAUGGACACCAGGGCUCCUUAACCUUUGUCUUCUGGUACCCAACACAAUACCUGGCAGAUGCCAGGCACUUGAGAAAAGUUGGAAAGGACUCAUUAAUCAGUAAGACAUGCCUUUCUACAAACUCCCUCCCCAACAAAAACUCAAACUGUCUUUGUUUUUGUUGAAAUUUUAAGCAAUCUGAGAAAAGAGAGUGGAAGAAAAAUCUCAAAAAAAACUACCAAGUUUAACUUAGUUAUAAGUCCUAAAUCUAAUAUACACAAUUUAAUUUAUCCUUAAAAAUUUUAAAGCUCUAUUUUCUGACAUCAAAAGUAACUUCUACUCAUAACAUUAAUUGAGUGUUACAGUGGCAGUUUUUAUUUUCACAUUUGAAGGCUGUAGAAAAACAGGCAGUGGGCCAGACUCGGUCUGUGAGCCACAGUUUGCCCAACCCUGGUCUUUGCCAUUGUCUUUGAGCAGCACAUUUCACAAAUGUAGAUGCCGGGAAUAUUCAUCAGGAUAAGACAGGGUUACGCCACAGUAACCAAAUCUCAGCGGCGUCCCUUCUCAGUUUUUUGGCUUAGAUCAAGUGGAGUGUCAGUUCCUAUCAGUUUCGUAUCUGAUUUGUCUCCUGCCUGAGGACAAUAUAUUAAAUGGAUUUUUCGAUCAGGAGGAAGGAAUAGGAGCUUGCUCCAUCCACUCUGCUCACCAAUCCUGCACUGCAGUACCUCCAAGAGUGGUGCAAAAAAGGAAAAAAUCUAGGUGGCUUAAAACAACAGAGGUUUAUUUCUCACUCAGGCAAGGUCCCCUGAAGGUCAGGGCUGCUCCCCAGGGCAGCUGCCCUUGUGCAGUGACUCACCUUUUCUCCUCUAUAUGGACACAUGGCCCCCUCAAUAUUGGCAAAGGACAAGAAUGUGAAAAAUUGCACACCAGCUCUUGAAGGAUUUCAGAUUUCUGGGUCCAUAAAGAUUUUUUUGAAUGCACCCAUGCCCAUUCAUUUCAGUAUUGUCCACAUGGCUGCUUCUGCAUCACAGAAGAGUUGAGUGGGUGCACGCCCCGCAAAGCCUAAAUUAUUUACUAUCUGGCCCUUGGCAGAAAAAUUUGCCUUAAUGCAAUAUACAGGUAAUGUAUUAAAUAAUUGUGUAAUUUUAUUAACCAAUGUCACCUAAUACAUUCAACUUAAAAAGAUGCUAAUGCAUUAAAAAAACAUUUGCCAAUCCUGGCCUACAAGACAGUUGUAUCACAAAACAUGAAAUUUGACGACUGAUUUAAAAUGUGUUUCAGAAAACAAGACUGAAUAAAUUUAAGGAACAUGCUAACUGAUUAAUUUUUCUGUACAUUUAUAUUUUUAUGGGUGAUAUAGGAUUAAAAAAUCUGUCUAAAUAAGUUUAAAAGCUCUUUGAAUAAGUACACAGUGCAACUCCUAGGAAGUAAGAAAGCAUUGUGGUGUAGUUACAUUUGUAGGUUUUCUCCUUCUUCAGAGUCUAUGGUCUCUUAGACUGAAUAAAAUAUGGUAGUAUAUGAGGUCUGUCCAGAAAGUAUCCAGCUAUAUAAUAUGAAAAAUAGAGACAUGUAUUGAAGAAGAUACAAGAUACAAGAAACAUUGUACAAUGGACAAUGACAUCUUAGUCCCCUUCAAGUGUACAGAGGACAAUGAUGCCUCACACACCUUCAAAGUAGGUGUCAUGGGACCUCACACAGUUCUCCCAAUCACCAUCAGCUGCCCUGUUAUAGUUUCCUGAAUCUCAUCAACAGUCUGAAAUCUCUUCCCUUUCAAAGGUGACUUUAGUUUGGAGAAAAACCAGAAGUCACAGGGCGCCAAAUCUGGGCUGUAGUGGAGCUGAGUCUCCCGAGCGAUUUGAUGUUUUGUCAAAAAAACUGUGCCAAAGACAUUAUGCAUAAGUGGGCACAUUGUUGUGAUGAAGCUGCCAAUCACCAGUUGCCCAUAGCUGUAGCCUUCUGACUCAUCUGAGUAGAUGUUCAAGAUUAAUGAAAAAUUUGAUGCAGAUUCAUUGGUCUACUCAGUCAUUUUGAAUGUGACAGCCACACAGUACACAUGCUCAUUCAAGAGUGUUUACCGCCCCCACUGACUAGUACAAUGAAGUUGUCAUUGUUCACACAUGUGCAUUCCAGUCCACUUUCACUGGCUGCCAGGUUACAUCGAUGUUGAGCAAACCAUUCUUGUUAUAUUAACAAUGGCUGGACUUUUUCUGGACAGACCUCAUAAAAGACAAAAAGCAAAAAGACACAACUCUCUCGAAGAGCCUGUGAAAGGCUAGUUACAACUAGCAGGUUUCUGAAUCAGCUGUGCUCUCUUGCAUAGACUCUGCCUGUGGCAGCUGGCAGCAUAUACAACCCGGUGGGCUGUGACUUCUUACAGAAACAACACCUGCCUGAGACAUCAGGAUGGCAGAGUCUUCCAUUAGGGUCUUCCCUGGAUUUCAUUCGGCCACACAGGGGACCUGGACGGUAAAUGGAAGUGGGAAUGCCCCAGGCAGGUGUUGUUUCUCUUGCUGAAAAGUGAUCAUCUUUGCACCAAGCAUGGUAAGUGGUGCCAACGGAGUCUGUGAUGAGUUAGUUUGUUUUCUGCCGUCUCCAUUGUCAGCAUUUCUGAGGGUAGCAGCCGGUGGUGCCCUCACUUUAGAGAAUUCAAUCAUCACUUUUCAGUAAAAGGAAGGAAAACAAGUGCUCUAAGAUGAGAUAAGCUGCGCUUUUUUUUUUUGCAAUCCUUACUUUGACAAUGAAAUAUUAGUCUGGAUAGGAGGCAGGAAAGUAGGCAAUUUAUUCUAAAUCAUUCUACUUGGUUAAAGGGGGAAGGGCUUAUCCAUGGACUUCUUGUUCUUUUAAAUGGGCCCUUCCCUACAAAGGUACUUGCAGAAAACUUCUACGAGACACAUUGGAGAGUGCAAAACACAAGAAUUAUCAUUUUAGGAGACCAUGUGGGCCAGGUGGGACCAAAAUGUGGGGUCUGAUUCUGGGUGAGGGUGGGGGUUGGACCAAUCAUGUAGUCUUGUUUUUUUUUUUAACUUUAAUUCUUAUUUUUCAAUUACAGUUGACUUUCAACAGAUCAUGUAGCCUUUUUGAAGUCAGGUUUAUUAAGGUAUACUUUGUAUACAAUAACAUUCACUCCCUUUAAACAUAGGCUCAUGAGUUUUGACAGAUGUAUAGAGCCAUGUGACACCAACGAUUGAGACAGAACUGUUCUACCUCCCCAGAAAGCUCCCGUGAGCCCUUUGGCAGUCAGUUCACCACCCUCAUCCAGCCACUGGCAACCACCUAUCUGUGCUUUGUCUCCAUGGUUUUCCUGUCUCUAAAAUGUCAAAUAAUUAGCAUCAUGUAAAUGAAAUAAUAUUCACCAUCAGCAUAUUCAGUCCACCAUCAGGGGACUGAAUUGUGUCCCCUCAAAUUCAUAUAUUGAAGUCCUAACCCCAGCACCUUUGAAUGUGAUUAUAUUUGGAGAGAGGGCCUUAACAAAAUAAAUAUGGUUAAAUGAGAUAGUUAAUAUGGGUGGGGACCCAAUCCAAUAUGACAGGUGUCCCAUUGGGCUGAAGAGGAAGAGGCAUCAAGGGUGCACAUACAGCAUGUGAUGAUACAGCCAGAAGGUGGCAUCAGCAAGCCAGGAAAAGAAUGUUCUUAACAGAAACCAACUCUGCUGAUACCUUGAACUUGGGCUUUUAGCCUCCAGCACUGUGAAGUAUAAAUUUCUGUUGUUGAAGCCACCCAGUCUGUGGUAUUUUGUUACGACAACCCGGCAGACCAAUACACCAGUUUUCUGAGUCUCACUCUUUUCAGUUGGUACUAUGUUCUUGGGACUCCUCCAUGUUGUUGCCUUCAUCAGUAGUUUGUUCUUUAUUGCUGAGUAGUAUUCCAUUGCAUGAAUGUACUGUAGUUCGUUUACUUACUCACCUGUUGAUGCACAUGUGGGCUAUUUUCAGUUUUUAGCCAUUACAAAUA